AAGAAAUUGUUCGGGACCAGGACGAGGUUGUCAAUGACAAUCAUCAUACCAUACAAUGUCUACCACACCGAACGGUCAACCAUCAUUCAGCUCUACACCAUCCAAGCAAAGCCGAUCCACAAACUGGACGGCAACAAUAUUCGACAUAGAAAACCUCGACAUAAGCCUUCUCGAAAGAUAUGGACAUGGCUUCAAAUACGCAAUACUAGGAAAAGAAACCUGUCCGACAACAACACAUGA